AUGAAGCCAGGAUUUCGUUUGAAAACCGGAAUAAGUGACCAUCAGAGAGCUAAGCUUUCAUGGUUAGCUGCUAAUACAGAACCAAAUCAGCAACCACCACUUGUUCGAUCAUUUCAUUUAACAACCAAACAACCAAAGGUACCAUCGAUAAGUGGUACCAAUUACCGUUAUACUGAUUAUUAUGACAAAUUACCAUUUAAUCCUACAUCUUCACCAAUUUAUUAUUCAUCAAAUUUUCAAACUAUCCCAUCAACAUAUUAUAGUGGUUAUUUAUCGCCCACAUUUAUUCAACCUACUCAUUUACCUGGAGAAAUAGGAGUGACAAUGAUAUCCGGAAAUGAUAACGGUGACAUAGAAAAGGAUCAAUUAGUUAAUGUGGAACAAAUGAAAGGGAAAGGCAUUCGAAAGGUUGAAGGAGUAGCAAAAUUAAUCGAUUCAAAAUUUCAUGAAAUGAACAAAACGAGAAAUACUGCUACUACUGUUACAACAAUAUCUACGACAACAGCAGCAGUUGAUGAUGGUAGCAAUCUUUUGGGAAGUUUAUUAAGCGGUCGUCUUGAUAACGUGGAUUGGUUUGGGUCACUUUUUCGUCCUCAAUUACCAACUAAAGAGGAAGGCAGUGCUAUGGCACAAAUUUUUCAAGGUGGUAUAUUUGGUCCAGCUAGUUAA